GUAGUCUGAUCCACCUCGGGACGUGGGUGACGAACCGCCGCCACCGCUCACGAGCGCGCCAUGGGAGCCGUGACGGAUGAUGAAGUCAUAAGGAAGCGUCUCUUAAUUGAUGGUGAUGGUGCUGGUGAUGAUCGAAGAAUCAACCUAUUAGUGAAGAGCUUCAUUAAAUGGUGCAAUGCUGGAUCUCAGGAAGAGGGCUAUAGCCAGUACCAGCGAAUGCUGAGUACAUUGUCUCAGUGUGAAUUUUCAAUGGGAAAAACCCUGCUUGUAUAUGAUAUGAAUCUCAGAGAAAUGGAGAACUAUGAAAAAAUUUACAAAGACAUAGAAAAUAGCAUAGCUGGAGCUCAUGAAAAAAUUGCUGAGUGCAAAAAGCAGAUCCUUCAAGCAAAACGAAUACGAAAAAAUCGCCAGGAAUAUGAUGCUUUGGCAAAAGUCAUACAGCACCACCCAGACAGGCAUGAAACAUUAAAGGAAUUAGAUGCUUUGGGGAAAGAAUUACAACACCUUUCUCAUAUAAAAGAAAAUGUUGAAGAUAAGCUGGAACUAAGGCGAAAGCAGUUCCAUGUUCUUCUUAGUACCAUUCAUGAACUUCAACAGACUUUAGAAAAUGAUGAAAAACUCUCAGAAGUGGAAGAGGCUCAGGAAGCAGGCAUGGAAACAGAGACUAAACAGUAGGCCAACACAAGUCUCACCAGGAUGGAGAGAUCUAAAUAGCUCAGGUUCCUUCUACAUGGCUAAGCAUACGUGUUAAAUCAUUGUUGCUUCAGUGAAACUAACAGACUAUGGAUGAUAAAUUUUUAUUAAUUUUUUCAAAUGUCCAACUAGGUAAAGAAACUAUUUUAAUGAAGUUUGUUUUUAUGAAGUUUUUUAUUCAGAUGUUUCAGUUUGUAUUUUCGUGCAUAUUUUGGUAAUUGUUAAAAUGAUAAAAUUGAAUUUGAGUCAGAUAAGUUGUAUUUUACAAGGAAGCACAAAUAGAAUAUACACAUGAACUAUAUAUUGGAAUAUGUCUACUUUGGAUGGAGUUUCCUUCCCCCACCUUGGAACCCACCCAAUUGUAGUGAAGUCCUCAGAACUGUCUGAGGUACAGAAAAGUGAUGACUUGCCCAGGCUUACAGAGCUGGUGUUGAAGGAGAUUUCUAGCCAAGUCUUCCUGAAUCCAAGACCAGCACUUGACCACAAUUUCUGUGUCACACUUCUAUAUAUGAGGAAAAACACAUGAGCAAAUAAUGAAUCCAUUUCUAACCUAGAGAAAUGAGUUGUUCACUUUUAAAUAAAUGAAAUUAAACCAA